AUGCACCCCGACCACCUCGCCGUCGUCCUCGACCUCUCCCCGGCCCACUGGCACCGCCCGCCCCUCCCCCUCGACCGUUUUCUCGCCCACAUCCUCGUCUUCCUCAACGCCCACAUCGCCGCCCGCCCGGAGAACACCCUCGCCGUAUUCGCCGCUCUCCCCGGCCGCGCCCCCCUCCUCUACCCCGACCCCGACGCCGCCGACCAGCCGCCCCCCGCCGACCCCAACGUCUAUCCGCCGUUCCGCCGCCUCGACUCCAUCGUCACCGCCCGUAUCGCCCAUGAGCUCGACAGCCUCACCCCCGAUGAGUCGCUGCUCACUGCCCCCUCCGCCCUCGUCGGCGCGCUCACCAAGGCUCUUUGUUACAUCAACCGCCUCAACCUCGCAACCUCCCAGGUUGAUCCGCGCAUCCUCGUGCUCUCUGUCUCGCCAGACCUCUCCACUGCCUACAUACCCAUCAUGAACUCUAUUUUCUCAGCCCAGAAACUGAAAGUCACUAUUGACGCAUGUCAGGUCUUUGGUCCCGACACCGUGUUCCUCCAGCAGGCCGCUCACCUCACCGGAGGCUCCUACCUCCAUCUGACAGAGACCAGCGCUCUCCUCCAGUACCUUAUCAUGUCCUUCCUGCCGCCCCCUGCGAUCAGAAAGGUUCUCGCCGUGCCAACACAAGACAGGAUCGACUUCCGCGCGGCAUGCUUCUGUCACAAAAAUAUCGUCGAUAUCGGCUUCGUCUGCUCCGUCUGUCUCUCCAUCUUCUGUCAGCCGGUCCCAGUCUGCUCUACGUGUCGCACCAAAUUCCCUAUCAAGACCCUUCAGCGGCUCAAUGCGUCGAGGCCUCUGGCGACACCGGCCACCCCGUCAUCUGCACGGCCAUCGCCCGCCGCCACACCAGCCCAGCCCUCCGCGGAGACGCCACGCCACAGAGCCCCGUUGCUCACGGGAGAAUUCGCUCAGAACGGAGCCUCCUCGCAGCCUGUGACGAAUGGCUCGAAGUAUUGA